AUGAAAGUCCUCAUUAUUGGAGGAUCCAUCGCCGGCCUCACACUCGCCCACUGCUUGGAAAAGGCCAAGAUUGACUAUGUCCUGCUGGAGAAGAAGGAGGAAAUCGCCCCUCAGGAAGGAGCAUCCAUCGGUAUCAUGCCCAAUGGUGGCCGAAUCAUGGAACAGCUUGGGUUAUACCACCAGAUCGAGCAGCUGAUCGAGCCUUUGGCGAGGGCGCAUGUAACCUACCCCGAUGGCUUUCACUUUACUAGUCAGUAUCCUGCAUUGUUGCAGCAGCGGUUCGGCUACCCUCUUGCGUUCUUGGAUCGACAGAAGCUGCUGCAGAUCCUAGCGGCUGGGCCGGUCCAAUCCAGCCGAGUGAAACUGGGUCACCAAGUCGUGAAUAUCGAGAGUACUCAUGAUGGAGUCACUGUGCGAACAAGCAACGGACACGUCUACCAGGGCGAUCUUGUCGUCGGCGCGGAUGGAGUGCACAGUCGGAUACGAGCAGAGAUGUGGCGAUUGGCCAAUGCCUCCCAGGGGGAGAUCUUUCGGAAGUUGACGAUCAACUAUGCCUGCAUCUUUGGAAUCUCAUCACCAGUCGAUCAACUGGAACCAGGGGAGCAAAUCACCUGUUACAAUGACGGGUGGAGUAUCCUCAGCGUGAUCGGCCAGAAUGGCAGGGUCUUCUGGUUCCUCUUUAUCAAGCUCGAAAAGGAAUUCGUCUAUGACGGAUCACGCGAAAAUGUGCCUCGCUUCAGCCCUGCAGACGCCCGAGCCCACUGUGAGAGAUUGGUGCAUGAGCCGGUCUGGAAUGGUGUCGAAUUCGGCCAUGUUUGGGCGCAGUGCGAGGUCUUCCAGAUGACACCUUUGGAGGAAGGUCUAUUCAGCAAAUGGCACUGGAGGAACAUCAUCUGCAUUGGAGACAGCAUGCACAAGGUCAGUAGCCUCCUUGACUGUGAUUUUGCAGGAUAUUCACUCAGGAGACUACCCAUGCAGUUCGCACCGCAUAUCGGACAGGGUGCCAAUUGCGCCAUCGAGGAUGCAGCGCAGCUCAGCAACAGGUUACGCACUUGGCUGUACGGCUGUGGACCCGACGAUCCACCCGCAGCUGCUGAUCUGUCAGAGGUUCUGGCUGGCUUCGUCGAGGAUCGCCUCCGUCGGCUAGGCCCGGUGGCCGUCGCAGCACGAUCGGCCAUGCGUCUCCACUCGCGGCAUGGGCUCAAGAAUCGGAUUUUGGGACGCUAUCUCUUGCCCUACGCUGGAGAUAAGCCGGCGGACUGGGCCUCCCGAGGCAUUGCCGGUGGUAUUACCUUGGAAUUUGUGGAGCCACCCGAGCGGUCUGGUCCUGGCUGGAUCCAGUUCAGCCAGCCACGCAAGAGGCCUACAUUUUCUCUGACGGUGGCAGGUCUGUGCCUAGUGGCUAUUGUGAUCCGGAUGCUGCAUUCCACAUUGGUUGCAUAG